AUGAGCAUAUUUUACAUAACCAUCGCGGCGUACAUCGUGAUCGGUGGAGUCGGAGUCGGUAUCUUCCUAUGGGGCAAAGAGCAUGGAAACUCCAUCUUCGACAAGCUCUACCGUCUCUUCUGCCUGCACUUUCCAAGACUUCUCAAGAAGGCUCUCGAGAAGGUCUUCGGAAAGCGAGCUCCGGCCGCUUUAGAUGCAGCUUGGGUGUACGUUUGCUACACGAGCAAUCCUUUGGUGCAGAUCUUUUAUUUGCUUGUCGUGGUGGGCGGCUACGCCGCUUUCGUGGCAUACAGCCACCCGCACAUUCCCAACAAGCUGCUUAGCAGCAUCCACAAGUACAUCGGCUUUGGCAUCUUCUCCACGUGCUUGGCGAUUUGGUGGAGAGCGUGCACUGCUGACCCAGGGAUUGUGACCCCACAGAAUCUGGACAAGAUUUGUGAUCUGUGGAAGUGGGACGAGCAGAUCUUCCACAUGGCCAUCUGCAGAUCUUGCGAACUUGCAAAGCCGGCGCGCUCCAAGCAUUGCUCCUUAUGCAACCACUGCGUCGCCAGGUUCGACCACCACUGCAUUUGGAUCAACAACUGCGUGGGCGUCGGCAACCAUCGCUACUUUCUAGCGUUUUUGGGUGUGCACCUCGUAAUUUGCUUCUAUGGCUUCGGCCUGACGGCAACAAUCCUAUACAACCUCACCGUGCAAAAGGAGCUCUUCAGCGCCGUGUUCGUUCGACCGGACACUCGCGAAAAGUUCCAAGCCACCAAGCUGAUGGUGAUGCAGUAUUUGCUUGCCACCGAGGGCAUGGUGGUUUUCAUUUGCGCCCUGUGCUGCAUUAUGGGAAUCGUCCUGUUCGGCUUCUUCGGCUGGCAUCUCUACCUCGUGAAAGCAGGAACCACCACCAAUGAGCUGAGCAAGUGGAGCUACGUGAAGUUCUGCCUAAAGCAGGAAGGUGAGGAAGGGAAGGAGAAGCUGAAGUUCUUGACAAACGAGUACGACAAGGCCUCACCGACUUUCCGGAGCUGUUUGAGCACUCGUUUGCAUUCGGGCAUUUUGGACCUGACUUGUGAGCAGCCGAUUUUGGACUUCCAACUGUGGUGCUCAAGCGAACUCUGCCAAGUAGGCCUGCUCUAA